AUGUCCACCUGCCGCCAAACGAGCUUUUAUGAUCCAGUGAAGAUGACGGAAUUAGAUCGAAGCCGCGCGCUUGUGCAGGUGCUCAUGCAGAAUCUCUACGAAAAUGGACAUACAAGUCACCAGAGGCAGAAGUUGGAACGUCCAGCUCCUAGAAGUAUUCUGAAAUCUGGCAAGACUGCUGAGCGCACUUCUCAGCCUCGUAAUCACAUGUGGUUCAACCUUCCUCCUUCACUUUCAUCAUUUACUGAACAACACACGUUAUCGGAGGGUUCCAGCCCCGAACUUCUUACAAGAAUGGCUCAGACAGUGGCGAAAUUAUUCACUUGCAAUACGAACCAACGAACCAUUUGA